UACAAUGAGGAGAUUGGUCAAGAAAAAAGAAAUCGCAGGAAACUAGAGCGCCGCUGGCGCGCAUUUGGACUAUGUAUUGACAGACAGUUACAUGUCAAACAAUGUGAGACAGUGAAUGCCAUGAUAAAGAAUGCUAAGACAACAUACUACUCAUCGGUUAUUUCCAGUAAUGCACAUAAUCAGAAAGUGUUAUUUAGUACGGUUGAUAAAUUACUCCAUCGAAAGCCAGAAAAGCGCUAUCUAACUGCGUCAUCAACGACUGAACUCGUGAAUAAAUUUGCAGAUUUCUUCAGUAAUAAGAUUGCUAUUAUAUGGAAAGAACUAGCCAUUGAUUCUUCCCACUGUAAUCAGCGAAAUCAAGAGAAACAAUAUGCACAAUGCGUUAAAUUCAUUAACUUUCAAGAAGUCACGGAACAUGAGAUUGAAAAUGUUAUUGAUAAAGUUGGUAAAAAAUCUUGUGAACUUGAUCCAGUUCCUGCAAAAAUCUUUCAAGGUUGUCAGAAGACUCUCUUACCUAUAAUUACUAAGAUUAGUAAUGAGUCACUUCAGUCAGGUUGUAUGCCUGAGAAACUAAAAGAAGCCGUGUUGAAACCAAAACUAAAGAAAGAUUCGCUGGAGUACGAAGAAUACACAAAUUUCCGACCUAUUUCAAAUUUAAAAUUCCUGUCUAAAGUAAUUGAGAAGGUUGCUGCCGGUCAGCUUCUGGAACACUUGGCUAAUAACAACUUAGAAGAACCCUUCCAGUCGGCAUAUAAACGUUUUCAUAGUGCAGAAACAACCCUAUUAAAAGUACAAAACGAUAUUCUUGUAGCCAUUAAUAAUCGUAAGUGUGUGGUGUUGCUAUUACUAGAUAUGUCAGCAGCAUUCGAUACUGUUGAUCACGAACUUUUACUACAACGAAUGUUCAAAAUAUUUGGGAUAGAUGGGCAAGUGUUGAAAUGGUUUCAGUCCUAUCUUCAGAAUAGAAGCAAUGUGUAG